AUGUUUGUUACAGUGAGGCCCAAAUCGGUGAGAAUUCUUGGCAACGAUGGCGUGUCGAUCAAGAAUUCUUCAGUGAUUGGCCCGAAGGACGAAGGCACCGAAAUCGAUUUAAUUUGCGAGGCGAUAGGCGGAAAGCCCACACCGAAAGUGAAAUGGUACAACGGAACCAAGGAAAUAACUAGAGAAAAUGAACCCUCCCCUUCCUGCUACAAGAAGCCACUUAAAGCAUUAUCAAUGUAA